UUAUGCUGCAUAAGUUAAUCAAUAGGGUAAACACAACUAAGGCAAUAUGUACAAGAGAAAACUUCUCUCUUUCUCUGCAUAAGUUAAUACAAUAUAUAGCAAAUACCAUAAGUUCAAGAGAAGACUUCUCUCUCUCUCUCUCUCCCUCACUUCUCGAUCAAGAAUCCACCACCAUUGAUGCUAGAAUAGAGGUCGGGAAAAUUAAAAAAGAAAAGGUAAGCUCACAAAUGGAAAACAGUCAUGCCGGGAUGAGUCAAAAGCUAGAAGUCUCUGGUAUACUCAAAAAGGCUGUAAGAAUCUCAUUCUCAAACAUCAACUUCAUGAGAUUCAUCUUGCUAACCUCCCUCCCUCUCUUCGGUAUCAUGGUUUUCUUCGAAUUGAUCCUUGGAAGGACACUCGUUAAAGCCUCCAAAAUCACGGAGCCGCCCUAUAGUUACUUCUACCACGGCUGGCCACUGCCAUUUUUUUUACAAGGCCGAUUAUCGAAGGAUUUUUGUGUGGAUUUGAUACAAGUGGGGUUCUUGUAUUUUUUCCCACUUCGUCUCCUGGAGCUCUUCAAUGGGAUUUUAACUGUUGAUUCAGCAUCGAAGUUGUACACCGGGGAGAAACCGAUGGCACUGGGAUUGAUGGUGCAAAAUUUCGAAGCCAGGUUCAAAAGCCCUUUGAUCAUCACGUUACUAUGCGUUUUCUACACAUCAAACUGUGUGAUUCUUGGAUCGAUAUGGAUAGCGACGCUCUACUUCUUCAUCGUAAGAAACAUUUCCCAUGGCUACUUCUUCGUCUCGGUAUUAUUUGCAGCAGCGUGCUUAGUUCUGCUAACGAAGUACUUGGAAUGGAGCGCGAUUUGGACCAUGAGUAUUGUGAUCUCUGUUUUGGAGAAGGGCAUAUGUGGGAGGGGGGCAUUUGCGCUCUCCGAUCGUUUUAGCAGGGAUAGUAAGGGUGACGGACUCCUUUUGAUGCUUGUUUUCUUUCUUUGGGAACUCGGUUUGCGGUCGUUGUGCCUGUAUUUCGGCUGCUACAAGAGAGUGGGAGGGGUUAUCGUAUCAGCUACCCUGAUUUGCGUAGGAAAUGUGAUUAAAUGGGUGGCUUGUAUGAUUUACUUCUACGAUCGGAGAGAUGGGUUUCUGGUGAAUGUCGAAGAGAAAGUACAAGGAAAAGCUCAAGAAGUUGAUAGAGAAACAGUGCUUAAAGAGACUGAGAAUUUGCAAAUAGUGAUUGAACAUACAAAACGAGAACUGGGUGAUGCAAAUUUGCAGCUAGUUUAACCUGGACUAAAUUCUCAGUUAUGUCUGUGAUUUUUAUUUUUUUACAAUGUUUUUAAGUGUAUUGGUAAGCCUCUUUUUUUUUUUGCGCAAUGGUAAGCCUCUUUUGCAAUGCAACUAAGU